CAUAUUCCUCGUAUUUCCCAUUUCAUUACAAUAUUUAUAUCUAGCCCGUUCCGAGUUUAUCGCUUGCAAAUUGUGCCCUUAAAUUGUUCUAUUUUGCUCUGUUCUGUUUUCUUUGAGAGGAAAAGAUUUAAAAAUCAGCAACCAUGCUUCACAGAAUCGCACGCCUUUGUAAUUCGGUUCAAUCUCUCGGAAAUCGUUCAUCUUCAUCAACCAAGUUUGGAAGUCGAUUUGACUUGGCAUAUCGAGCUUCUUCUUCUCCCCAACAAACUAGAGAACCAUUUGCUUACCGCCAAAGUCUUGGUGAAGUUGAUGAGUACGCUGACGUGGACUGGGAUAAUAUCGGAUUUGGGGUAGUGCCAACCGAUUACAUGUACAUUAUGAAAUGCUCCAAAGACGAUAAUUUUGAAAAAGGACAACUUAAUCCCUACGGAAACAUUGAGAUCAGCCCCGCUGCUGGAGUAUUAAAUUAUGGACAGGGACUGUAUGAAGGAACAAAAGCACAAAGAACUGAAGAUGGGCGGCUCCUUCUGUUCCGUCCGGACCAAAAUGCAAUUCGCAUGAGGCAGGGAGCGGAAAGAUUGUGCAUGCGCGCACCCUCUGUAGACCAAUUUGUUGAUGCCGUAAAACAAAUUGCCCGAGCCAACAAGCGUUGGACACCACCUCCAGGAAAAGGUUCGUUGUACAUUAGGCCCCUACUCAUGGGAAGUGGUCCAAUAUUGGGUUUGGCCCCAGCACCUGAGUACACCUUCCUCAUUUUUGCCUCCCCUGUUGGCAACUACUUCAAGGAGGGAAUUGCACCAUUGAAUUUGUACGUCGAGACUGAAUAUGAUCGCGCCUCGUCUGGUGGAGCUGGUGGUGUCAAAAGCAUAACCAACUAUGCCCCAGUUUUGAAAGCAAUUGCAAGAGCCAAAAACAGAGGAUUUUCUGAUGUCCUAUACCUUGACUCAGUAAACAAGAGGCUUCUGGAGGAGGUCUCUUCUUGCAACAUUUUCAUUGUAAAGGACAAUGUUAUUUCAACACCUUCUACAGCUGGGACCAUUCUUUCAGGGGUCACCAGAAAAAGCGUCAUCGAAAUUGCUCGUGACCAUGGUUACCAGGUUAAGGAACGUGCUAUCCCAAUAAAUGAGCUGAUUGAAGCCGAUGAAGUCUUCUGCACAGGAACUGCUGUUGGUGUUGCUCCUGUGGGUAGCAUUACAUAUCAGGAUAAGAGGGUGGAGUUUGAAGUUUGCGGCGAUCAAUCUGUCAGUUCAAAACUGUACUCGACCCUUGUGGGGAUACAAACGGGCAUUAUUGAGGAUAAGAAAGGCUGGAUCAUUGAGAUCGUUUGAGCUCUUCAUUUACGGUUUACAUAAUUUCAAGUCAAGAUUAUGUGAAACAACUUACUACUAUAACUAUUCUACCCCAAUAUUAAGAAAAAUUACAGACUGUUCAGAAGAAAGA